GCCCUGUUGUGGCAGCUCACAGCUAUUGUGGUGGGGAGGAGUGGGGUGGGUGGUGACAGUCACCGCUGGGGCUUUAUCUCCCUGGCUUGUGAGGACUUUGCAGCCCCUGGACAACUUAACAGCAAGACAGUUCAGAGCAGUAGCAGAUCCAUUCAGGAGUCACUGGAGAGCGAUGGCCUAGGAGUGGUGGCACCACUGAGCAUCGGCCGAGUUUCCCAAGGGACAUUGGAGAGACAGCCCCCAUUUGUAGGGGAAGAUGCAUCCUGUUGGAUUUUUGAUUGGGCUGCUUGCUCUGGCCCUCACCUGGCCAGGGACCCUCUGCAGAGAAAAGACUGGUGACAGGCCGUCAAUGGCCCGAUGCAGCCUCUUUGGGGACGACUUCAUCAAUACCUUUGAUGAGACCAUGUACAGUUUUGCAGGAGACUGCAGUUAUCUCUUGGCUGGGGACUGCCAGAAGCAUUCCUUCUCUAUUCUCGGGGACUUCCAAAAUGGCAAGAGAGUGAGUCUCUCUGUGUAUCUUGGGGAGUUUUUUGACAUCCAUUUGUUUGCCAAUGGUACCAUUAUGCAAGGGGACCAAAGCAUCUCCAUGCCAUAUGCCUCCAAAGGGCUUUAUCUAGAAGUUGAGGCUGGGUACUACAAGCUUGCCAGUGAGACCUACGGCUUUGUGGCCAGAAUUGAUGGCAAUGGCAACUUCCAAGUCCUGUUGUCAGACAGAUACUUCAACAAGACCUGUGGGCUGUGUGGUGAUUUUAAUAUCUUUGCUGAAGAUGACUUUAAAACCCAAGAAGGGACAUUGACCUCAGACCCCUAUGACUUUGCCAACUCCUGGGCCCUAAGCAGUGGGGAGCAGCGGUGUAAACGGGUAUCUUCUCCCAACAAUGCCUGUAACAGCUCCUCCGGGGACAUGCAGAAGGCCAUGUGGGAACAGUGCCAGUUACUGAAGAGUGCCUCCGUGUUUGCCCGCUGUCAUCCUCUCGUGGAUCCUGAGCCUUUUGUGGCCCUGUGUGAGAAGACUUUAUGCACGUGCACUACAGGACCAAAGUGUGCAUGCUCUGCCCUCCUGGAGUAUGCCCGGACCUGUGCCCAGGAAGGGAUGGUGCUGUAUGGCUGGACUGACCACAGCGCCUGCCGCCCAGCAUGCCCUGCUGGCAUGGAAUAUAAGGAGUGUGUGUCUCCUUGCACCAGAACUUGCCAGAGCCUGCCCAUCAAUGAAAUGUGUCAGCAUCAGUGCAUGGAUGGCUGUGGCUGCCCUGAGGGCGAGCUCCUUGAUGAAGGUCACUGUGUGCAGAGCUCUGAAUGUUCUUGUGUGCAUUCUGGAAAGCGAUACCCUCCUGGUGCCUCCCUCCCUCAAGACUGCAACACAUGCAUCUGCAGAAACAGCCUGUGGAUCUGUAGCAAUGAAGAAUGCCCAGGGGAGUGUCUCGUCACAGGCCAAUCCCACUUCAAGAGCUUUGACAACAGGUACUUUACCUUCAGUGGGAUCUGCCAGUACCUGCUGGCCCGCGACUGCCAGGACCACUCCUUCUCCAUUGUCAUAGAAACCAUGCAGUGUGCUGAUGACCCAGAUGCUGUCUGUACCCGCUCCGUCACUGUAAGGCUGCCUGCCCUGCACAACAGCCUUGUGAAACUGAAGCACGGGGGAGGGGUCUCCAUGGACGGCCAGGAUGUCCAGGUCCCCCUCCUGCAAGGUGACCUCCGCAUCCAGCACACAGUGAUGGCUUCUGUGCACCUCAGCUAUGGGGAGGAUCUGCAGCUGGAUUGGGAUGGCCGAGGGCGGCUGCUGGUGAAGCUGUCCCCCGUCUACUCCGGCAAGACCUGUGGCUUAUGUGGGAAUUACAACGGCAACAAGGGCGAUGAUUUCCUCACCCCUGCCGGCCUGGUGGAGCCCCUGGUGGCAGACUUUGGAAACUCCUGGAAACUUCACGGGGACUGUGAAGAUCUGCACAGGCAACACAGCGACCCCUGCAGUCUCAACCCGCGCCUGACGAGGUUUGCGGAGGAGGCUUGUGCACUCCUGACAUCCUCCAAGUUCGAGGCUUGCCACCGUGCUGUCGGCCCUCUGCCCUACCUGCAGAACUGCCGCUAUGAUGUCUGCUCCUGCUCCGACGGCCGGGAUUGCUUGUGUAGCGCUGUGGCCACCUAUGCAGCGGCCUGUGCCAGGAAAGGCGUGCACAUCGGGUGGCGGGAGCCAAAUUUCUGCGCACUCAGCUGUCCACAGGGCCAGGUGUACCUGCAAUGCAGGACCCCUUGCAACCUAACCUGCCGCUCCCUGUCUUAUCCGGAUGAGGAAUGCAACGAGGCCUGUCUAGAGGGCUGCUUCUGCCCCCCAGGGCUCUACCAGGAUGAAAGAGGGGACUGUGUGCCCAAGGCCCAGUGCCCUUGUUACUAUGAUGGGGAGAUUUUUCAGCCUGCAGACAUUUUCUCAGACCAUCAUACCAUGUGCUACUGCGAAGAUGGCGUCAUGCAUUGCACCACGAGUGGAGCCCCGGGGAGCCUGUUGCUUGACACUGUUCUCAGCAGCCCCCUGACUCACCGCAGCAAAAGGAGCCUAUCCUGUCGGCCUCCUAUGGUCAAGUUGGUGUGUCCCGCUGACAACCCACGGGCUGAAGGGCUGGAGUGUGCCAAGACGUGCCAGAACUACGACCUGGAGUGCAUGAGCCCAGGCUGUGUGUCUGGAUGCCUCUGUCCUCAGGGCAUGGUUCGACAUGAAAACAGGUGUGUGGCGUUGGAGAGAUGUCCCUGCUUCCACCGGGGUGAAGAGUAUGCCCCAGGGGACACUGUGAAGAUUGGCUGCAACACCUGUGUCUGCCAGGACCGGAAGUGGAACUGCACAAACCACGUGUGUGAUGCCACGUGCUCUGCCAUUGGCAUGGCGCACUACCUCACCUUUGACGGACUCAAAUACGUGUUCCCUGGAGAGUGCCAAUAUGUCCUAGCGCAGGAUUACUGUGGCAGUAACCCUGGGACCUUUCGGAUCCUGGUAGGAAAUGAGGGGUGCAGCUAUCCCUCAGUGAAAUGCAAGAAGCGGAUCACCAUCCUGGUGGAAGGAGGAGAGAUUGAACUGUUUGAUGGGGAGGUGAAUGUGAAGAGACCCCUGAAGGAUGAGUCACACUUUGAGGUGGUAGAGUCUGGCCGUUACAUCCUUCUGCUGCUGGGUCAAGCGCUCUCUGUGGUCUGGGACCGCCACCUCAGUGUCUCCGUGGUCCUCAAGCAGACGUACCAGGAGCAAGUAUGUGGCCUGUGCGGGAACUUUGAUGGUAUCCAGAAUAAUGACUUGACCAGCAGCAGCCUUCAGGUGGAGGAAGACCCCGUGGACUUUGGGAAUUCCUGGAAAGUGAGCUCACAGUGUGCUGACACCAGCAAGGUGCCAUUGGAUGUGUCCCCCGCCACCUGCCAUAACAACAUCAUGAAACAGACAAUGGUGGAUUCGUCCUGCAGAAUCCUCACUAGUGACAUCUUCCAGGACUGCAACAAGCUGGUGGACCCUGAACCAUACCUGGACGUCUGCAUUUAUGACACUUGUUCUUGUGAGUCCAUUGGGGACUGCGCCUGCUUCUGUGACACCAUUGCUGCCUACGCCCACAUGUGUGCCCAGCGUGGCCAGGUGGUAGCCUGGAGGACGCCCACAUUGUGCCCCCAGAGCUGUGAGGAAAGGAAUGUUCGAGAAAAUGGCUACGAGUGUGAGUGGCGCUAUAACAGCUGUGCACCUGCUUGCCCAGUCACAUGCCAGCACCCUGAGCCGCUGGCUUGCCCUGUGAAGUGUGUGGAGGGCUGUCACGCACACUGCCCUCCAGGAAAAAUCCUGGAUGAACUUCUGCAGACCUGUGUGGACCCUCAGGACUGUCCUGUGUGUGAGGUGGCUGGUCGGCGCUUGGCCCCAGGAAAGAAAAUUACCUUGAAUCCUGAUGAUGCUGUGCACUGUCAGAUUUGUCACUGUGAUGGUGUCCAUCUCACCUGCAAAGCCUGCCAGGAACCUGGAGGCCUGCUGGUGCCUCCCACAGAUGCCCCGGUCAGCACCACUACGCCAUAUGUAGAGGACACGCCUGAGCCACCGCUGCACGACUUCUACUGCAGCAAGCUGCUGGAUCUGGUCUUCCUGCUGGAUGGCUCCUCCAAACUGUCUGAGGCUGAGUUUGAAGUGCUUAAGAGCUUUGUGGUGGGCAUGAUGGAGAGGCUUCAUAUCUCUCAGAAGCGCAUCCGUGUGGCCGUGGUGGAGUACCACGACGGUUCCCAUGCCUACAUUGAGCUCAAGGCUCGGAAGAGGCCCUCAGAGCUGCGGCGCAUUGCCAGCCAGGUGAAAUAUGCGGGCAGCCAGGUGGCCUCUACCAGUGAGGUCUUGAAGUACACGUUGUUCCAAAUCUUUGGCAAAAUUGACCGCCCGGAAGCCUCCCGUAUCACGCUGCUCCUGACUGCUAGCCAGGAACCCCCACGGAUGGCCCGGAAUUUGGUCCGCUAUGUCCAGGGCCUGAAGAAGAAGAAGGUCACUGUGAUCCCUGUGGGCAUUGGGCCACAUGCCAACCUCAAGCAGAUCCGUCUCAUUGAAAAGCAGGCCCCUGAAAACAAAGCCUUCCUGCUUAGUGGGGUGGACGAGCUGGAGCAGCGAAGGGAUGAAAUUGUCAGCUACCUCUGUGACCUUGCCCCUGAGGCCCCAGCCCCCACCCAACUUCCUCAGGUGGCGCAAAUCACUGUGGGUCCAGGGCUUUUUGGAAUUUCAUCACCAGGACCCAAGAGGAAGUCCAUGGUUCUGGAUGUGGUGUUUGUGCUGGAGGGGUCAGACAAAGUUGGUGAAGCCAACUUCAAUAGGAGCAAGGAAUUCCUGGAGAAGGUGAUCCAGCGCAUGGACGUGGGCCAAGACGGCAUCCACAUCACGGUGCUGCAGUACUCGUAUAUGGUGACUGUGGAGUACACCUUCAACGAGGCCCAGUCCAAAGGGGAUGUGCUGCAGCAGGUGCGGGAGAUCCGUUACCAUGGUGGCAACAGGACCAACACAGGGCUGGCUCUGCAGUACCUCUCCGAGCACAGCUUCUCUGCCAGCCAGGGGGACCGGGAAGAGGCACCUAACCUGGUCUACAUGGUCACAGGAAACCCUGCCUCUGAUGAGAUCAGGCGGUUGCCUGGAGACAUCCAGGUGGUGCCCAUUGGAGUGGGUCCCCAUGCUAACAUGCAGGAGCUGGAGAGGAUCGGCUGGCCCAAUGCUCCCAUCUUCAUCCAAGACUUCGAGACACUCCCCCGAGAGGCUCCUGACCUGGUUUUGCAGAGAUGUUGCUCUGAGGAGGGGCUGCAGCUGCCCACCCUCUCUCCGACUCCAGACUGUAGCCAGCCCCUGGAUGUGGUCCUCCUCCUGGAUGGCUCAUCUGGUUUGCCAGCUUCUUACUUUGAUGAGAUGAAGAGUUUCGCCAAGGCUUUCAUUUCAAAGGCCAACAUUGGACCUCACCUUACUCAGGUGUCUGUGCUACAGUAUGGGAGCAUCAAUACCAUCGAUGUACCAUGGAACGUGGCCCAGGAGAAAGCCCAGCUACUGAGUCUGGUGGACCUUAUGCAGCGGGAGGGUGGCCCCAGCCAAAUUGGGGAUGCGUUGGCCUUUGCGGUGCGCUAUAUCACUUCCCAAAUCCAUGGUGCCAGGCCCGGAGCUUCCAAGGCCGUGGUCAUCCUUGUCAUGGACACCUCCAUGGACUCAGUGGAUGCAGCAGCUGAUGCUGCCAGAUCCAACCGAGUGGUGGUAUUCCCCAUUGGGAUUGGGGAUCGCUAUGAUGAAGCCCAGCUGAGGGUCUUGGCGGGUCCACAGACCACUUCCAACAUGGUAAAGCUCCAGAGAGUUGAAGACCUCCCCACCAUGCUCGCCCUGGGAAAUUCCUUUUUCCACAAACUAUGCACUGGGUUUGCUAAAAUUUGUGUGGACGAGGAUGGGAAUAAGAAGAGGCCUGGGGAUGUCUGGACUUUGCCAGAUCAGUGCCACACAGUGACCUGCCUGCCAGAUGGACAGACCUUGCUGCAGAGUCACCGAGUCAACUGUGACCAGGGGCUCCGGCCUUCAUGCCCCAACAGCCAGUCCCCUAUUCGGGUAGAGGAGACCUGUGGCUGCCGGUGGACCUGUCCCUGUAUAUGCACUGGUAGCUCCACCAGGCACAUUGUCACCUUUGAUGGGCAGAACUUCAAGCUGACCGGUAGCUGCUCCUAUAUCCUAUUUCAAGACAAGGAACAGGACCUGGAGGUGAUUCUCCACAAUGGUGCCUGCAGCCCCGGGGCAAGUCAGGCCUGCAUGAAGUCCAUUGAAGUUAAGCAUGAUGGACUGUCCCUUGAGCUGCACAGUGACAUGGAGGUGUCAGUGAAUGGAAGGCUGGUCCCUACCCCUUACAUGGGUGGAAACAUGGAAGUCAGCAUCUAUGGUGCUAUCAUGCAUGAAGUCAGGUUCAAAGAUCUUGGCCACAUCCUCACAUUCACCCCACAAAACAACGAGUUCCAACUGCAGCUGAGCCCCAAGACCUUUGCUUCAAAGAUGUAUGGCCUCUGUGGGAUCUGUGAUGAGAAUGGGGCCAAUGACUUCAUGCUGCGGGAUGGCACAAUCACCACAGACUGGAAAACACUCAUCCAGGAAUGGACCAUGCAGCAACCAGGGGACACGUGCCAGCCUGUUCCUGAGGAACAGUGUCCUGUCUCUGACAGCUCCCACUGCCAGGUCCUCCUCUCGUCAGUGUUCGCUGAGUGCCACAAGGUCCUUGCCCCCACCACAUUUCAUGCCAUCUGCCAGCAAGAUGGUUGCCACCAGGAGCGAGUGUGUGAGGUGAUUGCCUCUUAUGCCCAUCUCUGUCGGACCAACGGGGUCUGUGUCAAUUGGAGGACACCAGAUUUCUGUGCAAUGUCAUGCCCACCAUCCUUGGUAUAUAACCACUGUGAGCAUGGCUGCCCUCAGCACUGUGAUGGCAAUACCAGUUCCUGUGGGGACCACCCCUCGGAAGGCUGCUUCUGCCCCCCACACCAGGUCAUGCUGGAAGGCAGCUGUGUCUCCAAGGAGGCCUGCACUCAGUGUGUUGGGGAGGAUGGAGUCCGACACCAGUUUCUGGAGACCUGGGUCCCAGACCAUCAGCCCUGUCAGAUCUGCAUGUGCCUCAGUGGGAGGAAAGUCAACUGCACAUCACAGCCCUGUCCCACAGCCAGAGUGCCCACGUGUGGCCCAUGUGAAAUGGCUCGCCUCAAGCAGAAUGCAGACCACUGCUGCCCAGAGUAUGAGUGUGUGUGUGACCUGCUCAGCUGUCACCUGCCUCCAGUGCCGUCCUGUGAAGGAGGGCUCCAGCCAACCCUGACCAACCCUGGUGAAUGCAGACCCACCUUCACCUGCGUCUGCAGGAAGGAGGAGUGCAAAAGCCUGUCCCCACCCUCCUGCCCCCCUCAUCGGACCCUGAUCCUUCGGAAGACCCAGUGCUGUGAUGAAUAUGAGUGUGCUUGCAGCUGUGUCAAUUCCACAGCGAGCUGCCCACUUGGGUACUUGCCCUCAGCCACCACCAAUGAUUGUGGCUGCACCACUACCACCUGCCUCCCAGACAAGGUUUGUGUCCACCAAGGUACCAUCUACCCUGUGGGGCAGUUCUGGGAGGAAGGCUGUGACGCAUGCACCUGCACAGACAUGGAGGAUUCUGUCUUGGGCCUGCGGGUGGCUCAGUGCUCUCAGAAGCCUUGUGAAGACAGCUGUCAGCCGGGCUUCUCUUACAUUUUCCAUGAAGGCGAGUGCUGUGGAAGGUGCCUGCCGUCUGCGUGCAAGGUGGUGGCUGGUUCACCUCGGGGGGACUCACAGUCUUACUGGAAGAGUGUUGGCUCUCAUUGGGCUGCCCCUGAGGAUCCCUGCCUUAUCAACGAGUGUGUUCGAGUGAAGGAGGAGGUCUUUGUGCAGCAGAGGAAUGUCUCUUGCCCCCAGCUGGUCGUCCCCACCUGCCCUACAGGCUUCCGGCUGAGCUGUAAGACCUCAGCUUGCUGCCCCAGCUGUGGCUGUGAGCCUGUGGAGGCCUGCCUGCUCAAUGGCACCAUCGUUGGGCCUGGGAAGAGUGUGAUGGUUGACAUGUGCACGACCUGCCUCUGCACUGUGCAGGUGGGAGCCAUCUCUGGAUUCAAGCUGGAGUGCAGGAAGACCACCUGCGAGGCCUGCCCCCCGGGCUACCAGGAAGAGAAGAACCAAGGGGAGUGCUGUGGGAGAUGUUUGCCUACGGCUUGCACUAUUCAGCUACGAGGAGGACAGAUCAUGACGCUGAAGCGUGAUGAGACGUUCCAGGAUGGUUGUGAUAAUCACUUUUGCAAGGUCAAUGAGAGAGGCGAAUAUAUCUGGGAGAAGAGGGUCACAGGCUGCCCACCCUUUGAUGAACACAAAUGUCUGGCUGAAGGAGGGACAGUCAUGAAAAUUCCAGGUACCUGCUGUGACACAUGUGAGGAGCCAGAUUGCAAAGACAUCAUUGCCAAGCUGCAGUACGUCAAAGUGGGAGACUGUAAGUCCCAAGAGGAAGUGGACAUUCAUUACUGCCAGGGCAAAUGUGCUAGCAAAGCCGUGUACUCCAUUGACAUUGAGGACGUGCAAGAUCAGUGCUCCUGCUGCUCUCCAUUGAGGACGGAGCCCAUGCGGGUGCCCCUGCACUGCACCAAUGGCUCCGUUGUGUACCAUGAGGUCCUCAAUGCCAUGCAGUGCAGGUGUUCUCCCCGGAAGUGCAUCAAGUGAGGUCUCUCUGCAGUUGCUGUGGACUUCCACGGUUGCUGGUCAUGGCCUGAUCAGCCAGAGUGCUGCUGCUCAGUCCCAUGUGCACCUUGCUCUUGUGCCCUCCUGGGCCCACAAUAAAGGUCAAGCUCUCAUCUUAACCACA